CUGCAGUGAGGCGGGUCUCACUGCUUACUUGGCUGGCCGCGUUGCCAGUUUCAAUGGUAUUUGGAGCUCUGCACGCUCCAGGGGGACCCCAGAAACUUCCGAGAGUGACAGCGGACACCUACAAGGUAUUCGCCAGUUUUCCAUACGCAGUAGGCAUCUCCGCUGCGCCAGAAUCCACAAAGCUUUCUUGUCUCUCCGCUAGGCAACUUGAGAUUGAUCCCAAAGCGAAGACAACAACUUAUCUCUGGAACUUUCCUUCGCUUGGCCUUGAGAUUCCGUUCAAGGUAAAAGCAGCAGAAAAGCCCGGAACUAUGACGUUUACGGUUGGAGAAGAUUCGACGCAAAGAGAGGGCAUCCUUUACUACACCGAUUACAAGGAUUGUGCUAUUGCGGAUUUAGAGUACGAUGGACAUGUGUGUCUACUCUGGGCAAGAAGAGAAGUGAAGGAUUCAGUUCCGCAACGCUGCAUCAGCUAUUAUGAAGACACGUGUGGUGUGAAGGUUAAACAGCACAGCAGAGACCUUUGUCGUGAUGGAGAAGGCGAUUAUUAGGUGAUAUUGAUUACUUA